CCUGAUAUUUACGCUGUCUGACGCAAGUGGAUCAGCAGUGUCGGGAAUAGUGUAUCUGGACACGUAUAUAAAAUUUGGAGUCAUAUUUCAUAGCUUGACAUGUCGAUAAAAUCUUCACCGUUCGCCAGCCUAUGGGACACAGACAUACUUACCGGCUGCCAGCACUUGCCUUAUCUCUUGAGCUGAAGGCAACAUUGGACUCUGUUGACCAAGAUGUGUUGUGGCUAUGAGGACAGUAAAUAUCCGAUACUAAUCAAAUUUCUCUACCCGAGCCAAAGCUAUACUAAGUUGACUCUGAAUUAAUGACAAGCAACGGGGUCUGUCAGGAGUACCUUCCGCCACCAUUGGUUUGACUUAUUUUAUCGACUAACGGAUGGAUAAAUCCUUAGGCAACUCAGACUUCAUGGGAAUUGAUCUAUCCUCUGGAGGGCAUCUAGUUGACUUGAAGUAUGCGGACGAUAUUGUCCUCUUAGGUGAAGACUCUAAAAAUGUAAUAUUACUUCUGAACGCCUUUAUUAUAAUCGUGUGUACUUUCAGGGUGCAUUUGGCGCCUUUUAUGCAUGAAAUGAUGCUUCACGACAACUUUAGGACUGUUCCAGGUUUUAUGAUAUAAAGCAGCGUGGUUUAACUAGCUGAACUCUUCUUCGUAGGAAUUUCACUGACUGGAAUUAAUCUGCGCCCUAGGAAAUUUCUGGCGUAAUGGGGUUGAGAUCGGCAACUUUUUAUUUUAAGAGCAAGUUUCUGCACAGCUGUCCGCUUUGUCCUGUGCAUUGCUGUUAUUCACAGCCGGCAAAGAUGGAAAAUAUGGUAAGGUAUUUUGUUCUCAGCUAUUGGUGUCUUGGAACCAUAUCUAACUUAUGGUGAAAUCACCAUGUCAGAAAUGUCGUAGUUAGAUGAAGUAUAGUAGGCAAGGAACGUAUAUCAGCUAUUAAAGUUGUGAGCUUUCAGUGUUUGGAGUGGUUUAUAUGUGCUUUGCGCUAGCCGAAUCUCAGUCUGCCUCGACAUCCGAUGUUGACUGAAAUAAGAUCGAGUUGAGAGAAAACUAAGGGUAGCCAGACUGAUAGACUGAUUUAUAGACUUAAAUCAGUGCUGAGUCCAAACGACCAGACAGCCAUAUCAGUUACCCGCUCUUUACCAAUUCUUGUGGAUUAGUAACCCAUCUGAACUACACAUUUUGUAAGUUAGAACAGACUACUGCGAGCAUCUGAACGCCUUUUCAGUUGUUCUGUGUUGAACUCACAGCCGAUGGUUCAGUAUAAAUUUAGAUAAAUCGUUUCAAAGUUCAGACACAAAUUUACUGACUUCACUGUCGUCAGUCCUAAGUUUUAAUUGUUCUUCACAGUAUAAGAAUGUUUAAAAGUCUUUGCACUUCAGUCCAAGUUAAUUUUCAUUUUGCAGAAAUUUAUAUUUCAUGACCUAUCUAUCGAACUCGGGGUGAUCGUUAUCAUAAUUUUAUUUAAAAAUGAAUAAGUACUUAACGCAUAAGGCUUUAAUUUAACAUUUGUUCAUCAUUUUGUCGUCUGUAUUUAACUGAAUAAUAUAUAUGAUCAGCUUUGGUUUGUGUCCAUUUCACUCACUUAUGUUUUGUACAAUUGGAUUAUAUUUAAAACUAAUAUAAGUGAAGAAUACUUUUAUGCUUAUUUGCAUAGCUUGGUCAAUUUGAACUGGUGCAUACUGUGAAUUAUGCUAUUGAUAAAUAAUAGCGAACUUUUUCAUGUGAUGAUAUUGAAUAUUUUGUUAAAAAUUUAGUUAUAUCUAUGUGCAUGUUUAAUUUUAGUUAGACUUUCAACAUCGAAAUUUGUGGAUGAAUAAGUUAUGUGUUUUAAAACAACUCCUAGAGAUCAAGAUCCAUACGCUAAUAGUCCAAGUCAUAAGGCUUUUACUCGAUCGUUUCUUUCGAAAUCGACCGUGGAAUUUGGACAAGACGACUUUCUAGCCUGUCCACUUGGUGUGCUUUUUAUGCUCAGCAUCCUGUUAGGCACUGGAGGUGUACGAGGAAACACUGGAUUUCAAAUAGGAAAAUCGCUGAGGUUAAAGUCAAUGUUUUCACCUUCUAAUCUGUCAGAGGCACGAGAAGAGACUAAAUCACUAUAUAAGGAGCUUGUUGAGUCUUUCACAACGGAAACGACAACAAAGGAUCAGCAAAUAGGACAAGUUGUCAAAAUAUCUACAGGAAUAUUUAUACAGGAGACUUUUGAAAUAAACUCGAACUUUCAAGAAAGUGUGAAAGCAGAUUUUCAAGAAGAAAUAGAAAAGGUGGACUUCAUAAAUCGUACCAGCGCUGCACUUCGUGUUAAUCAUUGGGUCAAAGAGAAAUCGAAUGGAUUAGUUGAGAGAUUCUUUACAAGUGCCAAUGACAUUCCAAAUCAUACUUGGAUGAUACUGAUAAAUGUUUUUUAUUUUAAGGAUCAUUGGGAAAAUCCGUUCGAACCACACUAUACAAGAAUAGAAACCUUUAGUGUUUCUUCCACUCGUCACCUAAAAGUUCCAAUGAUGGCAAGUGAAGAAGUGCUGAAAUAUGGAAGAUUUCAAGGUGAUGGGUUUGAAGUAAUCAGCAAGCCACUGAAGGAUAUUCGCUUUACAUUUGUCAUUUUACUGCCUCUUAAUAAAUGGGAAAUACAUAAACCUGUUCAAGUCCUCAAUGGAAAUAAAAUACUGAGUGAAUAUGUGAACACACUGAAGGAAACUACAGUAUCACUACGACUACCAAGAUUUAAUUUGAAAAAAACAGUUGACCUUGUUAAGCCCAUGGAAGCCAUGGGUAUCAUCGAUUUAUUUCGUCCUUUAGAAGCAAAUGUUUCAGGCAUUUCACCCAAUGAAACAUUAUACAUAAAUGCAAUUCUUCAGACAAGCAUGCUGAAAGUGGAUGAGAGUGGCAUUGAAGCAGCCGCUGUUACUUCACCUAUAUUAGUACCGGUCUCAUUCAUUAGAUCGGAAAUCGAUUUCCAUGUAACUCAUCCAUUUAUAUGUUUUAUUUAUGAUCAACAAUUAUCAAUGCCGGUAAUGGCAGCUAAAGUGGUUGAACCAAUGCUAUAAUUAUGGUAGAAUGCUUAUUAUAUUCUUCAGUUUGUUUUUUCAUACUUCAUAAUUGUGGUCUCAUUGUGUCCUUAUUCUCUGUUGACCAGUUCUCAUCACUGCAGUGAAUGUAAGAAUUUCAUUGAUUGUUUGGUAGGCAGAAAACUAACUUUACUGAUCAGAAUUAAAUUUUGUCUUAAAGUGAUAUGACCACCUGACGCUUCACUGAUCAUUCGGUAAAUGUGAAAGUGUAGUGAACUAUGAACAUUGUUUGACAACGUUUUGCAAAUAUAAAAGCUUUUAUUGUU